AUGACAAGCGUAACCAACGCCGUUAACACGGAAAAGUGGGGCAAGGAAACGGAAAAGCAGCUUGGCGCCGGAGAUGACGAUACAUGGGCAAAGGACAUGUAUAUGGACACGAUCCCAUGGGAAUACGGCCGAUUUCGUGAGGUUCUAGAAAAGUAUAGUGAGAUCCCUCCGAGCGAAGUUGAAGCGGAGAUCUUCAAGAUUCGAGACAAGGCUUGGGAAGUCGUCAAGUACCCUUGCAUCGGCUCCUUCACCUACCUGCGUCUCCUCGAGUUCAGCGAUGACGAGCCGGAAAUGCAGAAAGCUAUCGAGCGGCUCAAGAGGCCCGGCUCGCAGGAUACUUUCCUCGAAAUAGGUGGCUUCAUAUGCCAGACGAUUCGACGGCUCGCUUUCGAGGGCGUCGACUCGACGCGCUUGUAUGGAACAGACCUGCAUGCCGAGUUUCUCGAGUUGGGGUACGAGCAGUUCCGCGACCGCGAGACUUUGAAAGCGACCUUUGUUGCAGGAGAUAUGCUGCUUCCAGAGGAAGAGUACGCGGCCAGCUCUCUGGCUGGAACGCUCGACGGGAGGAUGUCUAUCAUUCAUGCGUCGAACUUCUUCCAUCUGUUUAGCUGGGAGUCGCAGUUGGUCAUCUGCGAGCGCAUUGUGCGUUUCUUUCGACGCGGUUCCAGCGCAGAUAAUCCAGCCGUGUUGUUUGGGGUGCAUAUAGGAAGCGAUAAGCCUGGCGAGGUGCAACAUUUCAGGAUAUUCUUGCAUAAUGAGGAGACAUUCCAGUCGCUGUGGAACGAGGUGGGAAAAAGGACCGGUACGUCUUGGAAAGUGAGCUCAGAGUUUCCAGCGUUGCCACGGCCAAAACCAAAUGUUUUUGGUAAAGAUGCGAGUGUGGUGCGGUACGUUGUGAGGAGUCAGAUAUUGUAG